AUGGCCGCCUCAACAGCGUUGUUCGACCCUGGGCUGAUCUCGCCCGAAGCGAAGGCCGCAUUUCCCGAAGGGUACACUAUUCGCCCGCUACAGAGGGACGACUACGGAAAAGGUUUCUUCGACUGCCUGAGCGUGUUGACGUACGUGGGCAGCGUCAGCGAGGAGCGCUUUCUGGAGCGCUUCGACUGGAUGGCAACCCAGGGGAAGGGCAUACACUAUUUCCUGGUGAUCGAACAUGAGGGCCAGAUUGUGGGGACGGGGACCCUGGUCGUGGAGAGGAAGUUUAUCCAUGACCUCGGAACCGUCGCCCACGUGGAAGAGAUAUCUAUCCGCAAAGAAUACCAGUCAAAAGGGCUGGGGUUGAAGCUGCUCAAUGCUCUGUCGUCAGUCGCGAAAUCAGUGGGCUGCUACAAGUCGAAGCUGGGUUGCAGCGAGGCCAAUGAGGCGUUCUACGUCAAGUGCGGAUAUGAGAAGGGCGGCCGAGUAAUGUCGGAGGAGUACGAGGGUCCAAAACCGGCAUACGAGAGGGGUUGA